GGCUCUCCAGGGCAGAUCCCGGGACAAGACAUGGAGCUCUAAACUCUCCAUCCCUCUCUCCAUUUGCUGCCUUUUGCUGCUCGCCAAACCCACUUCUUCUACCCCUGCUAUAGCGGUUUGGCUCAGACUCCUCUGAGAGAAGAAGACAGAGGGGGGAAAGAAAGAAAGACAGAAAAGUGGGAGGGAGUAGUAAACUUCCCCCAGCUGCUGUCCAGACACACACAUGCUGCAUUGCUGCCAUUCCCCAGCCCUGCUCCAUCCAUCCCUAGGGCACGGCCACUAGCUUUCUAGUGAGCACUUUGCACAAAGGCAAGGCCCGUCCUCGGGGUAAAAAUACAAACUGUGUACACACUCUUCCUCCCUUUUCCGGGUCACCCAGCCUCACACUCAUUAACUGGGGGGCUUCCCUUUUGUUUAGCUGUCAUUCCCCCUGCUAGUGGAGUCGGAGGAGGUUUGGUUUUGAUCAGAGGUCGGGAUGACGGAGCCCAGCAUGGAGAACUGCCUGACCCAGGUCCUCCAGAAGGACAUGGGGCGACGGCUGCAGGUGGGGCAGGAGAUCAUCGACUACAUUUUGGACAAGGAGAAGUCCCACGACCUGGAGCAGGACCAGACGGCGCUGGACAAGAUGAUGGACGGCAUCGCCAGCUCCUGGGUCAACUCCAGCAACUUCAAGGUGGCUCUGCUGGGCUUGGACCUCCUAUCUGCCUUAGUGACAAGAUUACAGGAGCGAUUUAGGGCCCAUGUGGGAACAGUUCUGCCGAGCCUUAUCGAUCGAUUGGGAGACUCGAAAGACCAAGUGCGAGACCAAGACCAAACAGUGCUGCUAAAGAUCAUGGAACAAGCCGCCACCCCGCAGUAUGUGUGGGACCGAAUGCUGGGUGGAUUUAAGCAUAAGAACAACAGGACCAGAGAAGGAAUACGGAGCUCAAGGCCUCACCCUCAGUAAAAUUGUUCCCCACAUAUGUAACCUCCUGGGGGACCCCACGAGUCAGGUACGUGACAGUGCCAUGAGCUGCUUGGUGGAGAUCUACAGACACGUGGGUGAGAGGGUGAGGAUGGAUCUCAGCAAAAAGGGCCUUCCACAGUCACGGUUGAAUGUAAUCUUCAGUAAAUUUGAUGAAGUCCAAAGAUCCGGGAACAUGAUCUCAUCCUCUGGCUCUGAUAAGAACUUUGAGGAUGAAGACUCUGUGGAUGGAGGCCGGUCCUCCUCCUCUUCAUCAUCCAAAGCGCCCCCCGGUGGCAGGAGGACCGUAGUGAGCUCUGUGAGGAGACCCAGCUCAGCCACCACAGCUAAGGCCACAGGUAAAGAAGCAGGCGCCGGUGCUGUUGAUGAAGAGGAUUUCAUUAAAGCCUUUGAAGACGUGCCCUCAGUGCAGAUCUACUCUAACAGAGAGUUUGAGGACCAGCUGGCCAAGAUCAGAGAAGUGCUGUCUGAUGACAAACAUGACUGGGAGCACCGAGUGGUGGCGCUGAAGAAGGUCCGUUCUGUCAUGCUGGCCGGGGCAGCUGAGUACGAAGGUUUCCCUCAGCAGCUGCGGCUCCUGGAGGCCCCCUUAAAGCUGUCGGCUAAAGACCUGCGCUCACAGGUGGUCCGCGAGGCCUGCAUCACUCUGGGACAUUUGUCAUCAUUGCUGGGGAACAAGUUUGACCACGGAGCGGAGAGCAUCAUGCCCACACUGCUGAACCUCGUGCCCAACAGUGCCAAAGUCAUGGCCACCUCCGGAAUGGCUGCCAUCCGCCUCAUCCUCAGGCACACACACUACCCACGUCUCAUCCCCAUCAUCACCAGUAACUGCACCUCCAAAUCAGUAGCAGUCAGACGGCGCUGUUAUGAGUUCCUAGACCUGAUGUUACAAGAGUGGCACACCAAUACACUGGAAAGACAUGUGGCUGUUCUGACUGAGACCAUCAAGAAAGGUAUACAUGAUGCAGACUCUGAGGCCAGAUCCAUCGCAAGAAAGUGCUAUUGGGGUUUCCACGGUCACUGCAGCCGGGAGGCCGAGCACCUGUUCCAGGCGCUGGAGUCCACCUAUCAGAAGGCCCUCCAGUCUCACCUGAAGAGCUCUGACAGCAUCGUGUCUCUACCGCAGUCUGACCGCUCCUCCUCGUCUUCCCAAGAGAGUCUUAACCGGCCCUUGUCUGUGAAGAGUGUCAUUGGAGGGAGCAUAACGAGGAGUAAGCUGGUGAGCAGCAGGGUGCACACCACACCGGGUUCCCUGCAGCGCUCCCGCAGCGACAUCGACGUCAACGCCGCUUCCAGCGCCAAGUCACGCCUGUCCACCGUUCCCGCCUCCUCACCCUUCAGCUCUGCGGCUGCCCUUCCCCCGGGGUCCUACGCCUCAUUAGAUGGCACUCCCGGUAAAAGCGAUGGUCGCGUUCGCACCAGGAGACAAAGCUCGGGCAGCGUGGGCGGGGCCAGUACCUCAGUGGUGGACAGUAGGGGCCGCAGCCGAGCCAAAGUUGUCUCCCAGUCCCAGCGAUCCAGAUCAGCCAAUCCCAUCAGUGCCGGCAGUCGCUCCAGCUCCCCAGGCAAGCUGCUCGGCCACAGCAGCUACGGUCGGGUCCCUCGAGCCACGGUUUCGGCCGCCACCACGCCAGCAGACAAGCGCAGCAGGAUCCCUCGCAGCCAGGGCUGCAGCCGCGAGACCAGCCCCAGCCGACUGGGCCUCGCCAGCCUGUGUGGUAAAGCUCUUCUUCCUGCUGCUCUUCCCUACCGCACGCUAGCCCGGAGCCGCAUUCCCCGGCCCAGCAUGAGUCAGGGUUGCAGUCGCGACACCAGUCGCGAGAGCAGCCGCGACACCAGCCCCGCUCGGGGCUUCGCUCCUCUGGCCUCCCGACGUCACUCCCGCUCAACCAGCGCUCUCUCCACAGCCGAUCCCCACAGCCAGUCAGACCGAUAUAAUUUGAUUCACCAAGCAAGAAUCUCUGCGUCAGUCAACGCCAUGAGGGUGCUUAACACAGGCACAGAGGUGGAGGCAGCAGUUGCUGAUGCUCUGCUAUUAGGAGACUCCAGGAAUAAGAGGAAGCCGUUGAGGCGGCGGUACGAAUCUCCGGGGAUGUACUCCGACGACGACGCCAACAGCGACGCGUCCAGCGCCUGCUCAGAGCGCUCAUACGGCUCGAGGAACGGAGGCAUCCCCCACUACCUGCGCCAGACGGAGGAUGUGGCAGAGAUCCUGAACCACUGCGCCAGCUCCAACUGGUCGGAGAGGAAGGAGGGCCUGCUGGGCCUGCAGAAUCUCCUCAAGAGCCAAAGAAUACUGAGCCGAGUGGAGCUGAAGAGACUUUGUGAGAUAUUCACAAGGAUGUUUGCAGACCCACAUAGCAAGAGAGUGUUCAGCAUGUUCCUGGAGACUCUGGUGGACUUCAUCUUGGUGCACAGAGAAGACCUGCAGGACUGGCUUUUUGUCCUGCUCACUCAGCUGCUGAAGAAGAUGGGUGCCGAUCUGCUGGGCUCAGUCCAGGCCAAAGUUCAAAAGGCCCUGGAUAUCACAAGGGAGUCCUUCCCGUUUGACCAACAGUUCAACAUCCUGAUGAGGUUUAUCGUGGAUCAGACUCAGACACCUAACCUCAAGGUCAAGGUGGCUAUUUUGAAGUACAUCGAGUCUCUGGCUCGGCAGAUGGACCCAACGGACUUUGUCAACUCCAGCGAGACGCGCCUGGCCGUCUCCCGCAUCAUCACCUGGACCACUGAACCCAAAAGUUCUGACGUCAGGAAGACCCUUCAUAACUGGGUGACUGACGAGCUAGCUGGCAGGUCCAGUACUGCAGCCUUACUGUCCGCUGAGGGCAACCAGGAAGAAAGGUGUAAACAGGCGGCCCAGGUGGUGCUGAUCUCUUUGUUUGAGCUCAACACGCCAGAGUUCACCAUGCUGCUGGGAGCUCUGCCCAAAACCUUCCAGGACGGAGCCACCAAGCUGCUGCACAACCACCUGAAGAACUCCAGCAACACCAGCAGCAGUGUGGGUUCUCCGAGCAACACCAUUGGUCGGACGCCGCAACGCCACACCCCCAGCAGAACCAGCCCCCUCACCUCUCCAACAAACUGUUCCCACGGAGGACUGUCCCCAAGUCGGUUAUGGGGUUGGGGUGUCGACGGACUGUCAAAGCAUCCCCCUGCCCCUCCUCCUCCUCCUCCGCCCCACUCCACCCCUGCUGCCCCCUCCCUAAGGGUCCUGCGCAGAGCAUAUUCACCCAGCAUGAUGGAGUACGACACCGAGAACAUGAACUCGGAGGAGAUCUACAGCUCACUGCGUGGUGUCACCGAGGCCAUCCAGAGCUUCAGCUACCGGAGCCAGGAGGACCUGAAUGAGCCGAUCAGACAGGAGGGCAAGAGGGACGACGCAGCAGGACGAGAAGGCGUAGCGUCCUCUCCCGGCUCUGACGCCCGCCUGGGCUUAGACAUGGUGGAAGGGGGUCGCACCGCCUUGGACAACAAGACGUCGCUACUCAACACGCCGUCGCCCCGCUCGUUCUCUGGGCCUCGGGGCCGCGAGUUCGCCCCCUAUGGCUACGGAGAAACCAUCUGCACGUACGACAAGAGCGCCCUGAAGGAGGCCGUGUUCGACGAUGACGUGGAGCAGUUCCGCGACUGCCGACGUCAGGAAAGCGGAGAAAACAGGAUGACGCUGCCCAAGGUCUUUGCUCCUGCAGUCGGCCAGGAUCACUCAGACCUGGUCGCCGACCUGCUCAAGGAGCUGUCCAAUCACAACGAGCGCUCCGAGGAGCGUAAGGGCGCCCUGGUGGACCUGCUGAAGAUCACACGAGAAGACAGCCUGGCUGUGUGGGACGAACACUUCAAAACCAUCCUCCUCCUCCUGCUGGAGACUCUGGGUGAUAAAGAUCACACCAUCCGAGCGCUGGCCCUGCGUGUGCUGAAGGAAAUUCUGAGGAACCAGCCGGCCCGCUUCAAAAACUAUGCCGAGCUAACCAUCAUGAAGACCCUGGAGGCCCACAAAGACUCUCACAAGGAGGUGGUGCGUGCGGCCGAGGAGGCGGCGUCCACCCUGGCCGGCUCCAUCCACCCCGAGCAGUGCAUCAAGGUGCUGUGCCCCAUCGUGCAGACAGCCGACUACCCCAUCAACCUGGCUGCCAUCAAGAUGCAAACCAAAGUCAUUGAACGCAUCGCCAAGGACUCCUUACUGCAGCUGCUACCGGACAUCAUCCCCGGGCUCCUGCAGGGCUAUGACAACACAGAGAGCAGCGUUCGCAAGGCCAGUGUGUUCUGUCUGGUGGCUAUCUACUCCGUGAUUGGCGAGGAUCUCAAACCCCACCUGGCACAGCUCACGGGCAGCAAGAUGAAGUUACUGAACCUGUACAUCAAGCGCGCCCAGACGACCAACAGCAAUAGCAGCAGCUCCUCGGACGUCUCCUCUCACAGUUAAUGGAGGGAGCUUUCAUCCGGAAACCCCAAUGCGGGUGGUGGACGGCGGCGGAGGAUUUCCAAGCCAUCGCCCACCCAACGCUUCUUUCAGACUCGUCCGUCUCUGAGCUUCCCCCUUCCCUCCUCAUCGUAACUCCACUGCGCCUCUCACCCAGUUUGGAGGAGAUCCUUUCAGUUUGUCCUUCAGUUCCUUCUCCCCACCUUUUGCUCAUGAAACUUUUGAAUGUAACUUGCGGAUUGGUUUUCGACUGGUGGGGAGUGAAUCGACACAUUUUUGGAUAUAGGAAAUGCACUUUCUCCUCCUCCU